AAAUUUACGAUACUGCCCCCACACACACACAGGAGACGAAAUCGAAAAGGUGAAAAUGGAGUCUCGUGAGAUUGCAAAGCUAGAAACAAAUUCAAUGCGAGUCAAAAAUUCGUCUCACGAAUCUCGCGAUUAGGGGUUCUCUCAAUUCUCGAUCUCCGCCUGAUUUUCCGAUUAGCCUUUCGCGGCGAGGUUGAUAUACACUUCGCCAGAUCGUCGGUGAUAUACGAAUCGGGGGACUGAUUCUUGAUCUGGAUUCGAUCUGAGCACAGUCCUAGUCUGUUCAUCUUGUGGAUUGUGAUCUUACUUUGCUAGAACCUAUUUCGUAAGUAGUGAAACUUGGAAUCAGAUGGCUAACGUACCACAUCGAUCGGUUAACCACCCGGGGACUCUCACUCCAUUAGAACCAGAUAGACCUUCACCACAACCACUCUCUCAUUCUCCUUCGGUAGUACCUUCACCUACACCUCCUAGGUAUCCUCAAGCACCACCAAGCUUCAGACCUGACCACAUGCAUUCACCAAACCUGUUGUCGCCUUCGAAUGCUAUCAGAACGGGGAGCCCUAUUCCUCGUAUGAGUACUCCCCCUGGUCCUCCGGUCUUUAACACUCCGGUUAAACCAGCAGCUGUGCCUUUCCGUACCUCACCAGCUACUCCUCAGCCUAUGGGGUACUCUUCGGCCACUGCUUCUUCUCUGCCCGUGUCUACACCUUCUUAUUACUCGAACGGGUCUUCUACUGGAUCUCAGCGUGAUCUUCCUGAUGUUGUUAGAAUGGAGGAACCUAUUGCUGCAGACUCGCCUUACGUUUUGUUUUCUGCCAAUAAAGUUUUAAGGCAGAAGAAGCUAGCCAAUGUAGCUAGUUUGGGUUUUGGAGCUAUAGUUUCUGCGGGGAGGGAGAUUAGUCCUGGUCCUCAGAUUAUCCAACGUGAUCCACAUCGCUGUCUACACUGUGGAGCGUAUUCUAAUCCUUACACCUCCAUAUUAAUUGGUUCAGGGCAAUGGCAGUGUGUUAUCUGCGAGAAAAUGAAUGGGAGUAAAGGUGAAUAUGUGGCUAUGAGCAAGGAUGAAUUGCGUAACUAUCCAGAACUCUCGUUGCCUCUGGUUGAUUAUGUUCAGACUGGAAACAGGAGACCUGGGUUUGUUCCUGCCUCUGACUCUCGGACAUCUGCACCAGUCGUUCUCGUUAUCGAUGAGUGUUUAGAUGAACCACACCUUCAGCACUUGCAGAGCUCUUUGCAUGCAUUUGUAGACUCGCUUCCACAAACCACAAGGCUUGGGAUUGUAGUGUAUGGCCGUACUGUUUCGAUAUACGAUUUCUCUGAAGAAUCUGUAGCUUCAGCCGAUGUUAUCUCUGGUGCUAAAUCACCAUCUGCAGAGUCGAUGAAAUCGCUGAUUUAUGGGACCGGUGUAUACUUGUCACCAAUGCAUGCAUCACUGAAGGUAGCACAUGAGAUAUUCUCGUCCUUAAGACCAUACACGUUGAAUGUUCCUGAAGCGUCUAGGGACAGGUGCCUUGGAACUGCUGUUGAGGCUGCUCUGGCCAUAAUUCAAGGACCAUCUGCAGAAAUGUCUCGGGGAGUGGUCAGAAGAGCAGGAGGUAACAGUAGAAUCAUCGUUUGCGCUGGUGGACCCGUAACAUAUGGACCCGGAUCAGUACCCCAUUCCAUGAGCCAUCCAAAUUAUCCUUACAUGGAAAAGACAGCUAUAAAAUGGAUGGAGACUUUAGGGCGUGAAGCUCACAGACACAACACGGUCGUGGACAUAUUGUGCGCUGGGACUUGCCCUCUCAGAGUUCCUGUCCUGCAGCCACUCGCAAAAACCUCAGGUGGUGUUUUGGUUCUCCACGAUGAUUUUGGUGAAGCCUUUGGCGUGGAUUUGCAGAGGGCGGCCACUAGAGCAGCUGGUUCACACGGCCUGCUUGAAGUUCGAUGCUCCGAUGAUAUUCGUAUAACUCAGGUGAUUGGACCUGGCGAAGAAGCAUAUUCAGAAACUUACGAGACGUUUAAGAGUGAUCCAGCUGUUUGUAUUCAGAUGCUAAGUGUCGAAGAGACACAAAGCUUCUCUAUCUCGAUGGAGAAUAAGAGAGACAUCCAGGGCGAUCACGUCUUUUUCCAGUUUGCUUUCCAUUAUUCAGAUGUUUAUCAAGCAGAUGUGUCUCGGGUGAUCACGUUCAAACUACCAACCGUUGAUAGUGUCUCAGCGUAUCUUCAGAGUGUUGUAGACGAAGCUGCUGCGGUUCUCAUCUCCAAGAGAACUCUUUUGAUAGCGAAAUCUCAGAAGGACGCAGUCGAUAUGCGUGCCACCGUAGACGAGAGAAUCAAAGACAUUCCUUUGAAAUUUGGAUCACAAGUGCCGAAAUCAAAGCUUUAUAGCUUCCCCAAGGAACUAUCUUGUCUUCCCGAGCUUCUCUUCCAUCUUAGGAGAGGUCCUCUUUUAGGAAACAUCAUUGGUUCUGAAGAUGAAAGAUCGGUGCUAAGGAACUUGUUUCUGAACGCAUCUUUCGAUCUGUCUCUACGAAUGGUGGCUCCACGUUGCUUGAUGCACCAAGAAGGAGGCACGUUCGAGGAGCUACCAGCGUAUGAUCUCUCGAUGCAGUCGGAUAAAGCUGUUAUUCUUGACCAUGGCACAGAUGUAUUUAUUUGGUUGGGAGCCGAACUGUCUGCUGAUGAGGUGAAGAGCGCUGCGGUUUUAGCAGCUUGCAGAACGUUAGCUGAAGAAUUAACCGAGUUCCGGUUUCCAGCACCGCGCAUUCUCGCAUUCAAGGAGGGAAGUUCACAGGCUAGAUAUUUUGUUUGCCGGCUUAUACCAGCGCAUAAAGAUCCUCCUUAUGAGCAGGAAGCAAGAUUUCCACAGGUGAGAAGGUUGACGGCGGAGCAAAGAAGGAAACUAAAGAGUAGUUUUAUAGAGUUUGAUGAAGAGAGUUUCUGCGAGUGGAUGAGGAGUUUGAGAGUAGUGCCUCCGGAGCCCAGGUAGAAAACUUUAAAGAGAGAGAGAGAGAGAGCUUUCAAUAUUCUCUUGCUUUUGUCGUUCGCUUCUCUUUUGAUAUUUUGGGUACUACUACUGUACUGAGUCUUUUGUUUUUAGGAUAUCUCUUUUAAACUGUCUCAUGUGUUCUUGAAUUGAAUUAUACUUUUGUUAUUAUAACAACAAAAUAAAAGUCUAGUCUAGUGAUACAUUGGUUAAGGGAUA